GCGCACGCAUAGCAGAAAAGGCAGCAUGCCCCGGGGUAUCGAAAAAGGUAAUGGAUUUGAGGCCGUUGUCGUUACCGCUGGAACGUACUGGGACAGAAAAGGCUCCUAUAUGUUGAGUGAUACCACCGGCUUCGCUUUGCGCAGCUGCGCUACAGAGGUGGAUUGUAGAGUGUCGAGCAACGUAGUCUUUCCGUGGUCGACGUGGCCCAUCAUCGCCACGACAGGAGGGCGCAAACGGAGGGUGCUAGGAUCUGGGGUAGAUAUCGAAAGCCAUUUCGUCGUUAACAACGGGAUUUUUACCAAACUUCAGCAAGAAGAACGGCAUAAUCUGAUGUCAGGAAUGGGGAAACAUGUUAAAUGCGAAUCAAAGGCCAGCAAGGAGGUAGCGCACCAUGGUCAUACGAAGUUUCUUCCCCCAUUCCUGACUGUUCCAUCUUACGUUGCAACCGCGCUGAACUUACCAGAGUCCAACGAGUCGACAUACGAUUCCCAUACAUCUGAGGAAGUAGAACUUGACGAACUGGAGUUCAUACCGGAUUCUUUGAUUGAGGGAUGUCUGUUUGAGAAAGUCUGGCGGUGCUUCGUGGAGAUGGGGUUCAGAGCGGAUUUUGCAGUAGGGUCUCCGGAAACGUGCACAGGUGUAGAUGUAGGGGUGGAACUUGUCCGAGAAGUAGGAAGUACCCUUGACCAUCUACGUGCAGGAAGGGCCUUCCGUCGAGGAGGUUUCAACGGCUCCGCCUUGAAUAGUUCGUGA